AUGCCGCAGAGAGAUUUGGUGUCGUGGAGCACCAUUACUGCUGCUUACGCACAUCUUGGAAGAUUAGUUGACGCAAAGAAAAUAUUCGAUUUAACGCCGCAACAGUGUGUUUUAUCGUGGAAUACAAUAGUCGCAGCAUUUUCCUCAAAUGGGCAUUUGGAUUAUGCAAGAUUUAUGUUUGACCGGAUGCCACAUCGCAAUGUAAUCUCUUGGAACGCAAUCUUGGGUGCGUAUGCUAGCGCUGGAUUUGUAGAGAUGACUGAUAAUAUCUUCCAGUCCAUGGACGAGAGAGAUUCCGUGUCAUGGAACUCUCUGAUAUCCGGAUAUUCUCACCGGGGUCACGGUUGUAUGGCCAGAGAAACGUUUCGUGCGAUGGUUUUGAAUGGUUUCUCUCCGGACAGUGUGACGCUUCUCGCAAUCCUCUCGGCUUGCAGCGUCGAUGGAAGGCUUCAGGAUUCUUGGAACUGCUACACAUAUGCAACGCAGGACUUUGGCAUCGUUCGGACUGGCAAACACGUUUUGCGUGGUGGAUCGGGAAAAUGCGGCCUCUUGAGUAUGGUCGAAGAAACUACAGGUUUUCUGGUUUGUUCGUCAUCGACUGUGAAUCCUAUUCCAUGGACCAUCAUGUUGGGCGCAUCCAAAAUGCACGACGAUGUGAGGCGUGGGAGAAUGGCUGUGGAGAAGCUCAUGGAGCUGGAGCCAGAAAACUUCUCCUCUUAUGUUGCAUUUGAGCCCAAAGGGCAAGUCCCAAACGAGACAAGCCAGAUGGGCAUUGAUCCCCCUCCCACUGCUCCAGCUCCAACUCUGCCUGCCCCUCCGCCAGCUCCUAGCCUUUCAUAG